AUGCAGUUCUUGUCGCGUUGUAUCGGCGCCUCUGUGCGCCUUGCCGCCCGCACGCGCCAGCUUCGACUUACUGCCCUCCCUUCCUCUGUGUGCCCAUGCGUGUGCGUGCGCGUCAUCCCGCAGGUGGUGGAGGUGGUGCAGCGCUACGACGACAGCUGCGUGCCGGCCGGCACGGACGGCGUGGCGUACAUUCAGAACGCGUCCGUGGUGAAGAAAUGCGACAUCCGGAUCACCGUGCCGAAGCGCAUGCAGGCGCCAGUGUUCGUGUACUACCAGCUCACCAACUUCUACCAGAACCACCGCCGGUACGUGAAGAGCCGCAGUGACAGCCAGCUGCGGGGCACCAACAUCAGUGGCAGCGACUUUGACGUGUGCCAGCCAGAGGCGUACCUGUGGGACAACUCGUCCUCGCCCAUCCGGCCGUGCGGGCUGGUGGCGUGGUCGCUGUUCAACGACUCGUACGCCAUCACGGCCGCGGGCAGCGGGCAGCAGCUGGCCAUCGACAGCAGCAACAUCGCGUGGCCCAGCGACCAGAGCGGCAAGUUCGCUGGCGUGCCCCCGGAGAACUUCAACACCGUUGAGAACCUGCGCGGCGGGGCGCAGCUCAACACACUUCUGAACCAGUCGGAGAAUCUGAUGGUGUGGAUGCGCACAGCAGCGCUGCCCACGUUCCGCAAGCUGUAUGGGCGCAUAAACACGCCGCUGGAGGCGGGCAGCACGCUGGCGGUGGUGCUGCAGAACAACUACAACUCCUACGAGUACGGCGGCCAGAAGGCCCUCGUCCUCUCCACCGCCAGCUGGCUGGGCGGCGCCAAUGGCUUCCUGGGCCUCGCCUACCUCACAGUAGGGGGGCUCUGCUUCCUCCUCGGCAUCCUCUUCUUCGUCCUCCUCUUCACAAAUCCAAGCUAG